UCCGCCCCGCCGGCGCCGGUGGGGUGGGGUCGAUCCCCCUCCCCCGCACGCGACACGCCCGCAUGUGCGCCGCUGCACGUAUAAAUAUGGCCGCGCAUCCAUCCCUGCUCGUGGCCGAUCGCUCGAGCUAGUCUAGCAAGGAAGGGUUUGGUUGGUGACUUGGUGCGUGUGUGUUCCAGUGUCGCACACUAGGUAGUAGCAGCUGCAUCGGAUCGGAGUGGCCACGACGCGUAUGCGCGCGGCGAGCGUGGAGGCGAGGGAGAGGUGAUUCGAUGGAGCUGGAGCUCGGGCUCGCGCCGCCGAACCCGCACGCGCCGGGCGGCUGCGGCGGGGAGUUCGUCGGACUCCUCGACGGCGCCCCGGCGGGUGGCGCCUGCGGGAAGAGGGCGUUCGGCGAGGCGUUCUGCCGGGGCGAGAAGGCCACGCUCCCGCUCUUCGUGCGCGGCGGCGACGGUGGCGGCGCCCGCGACGGCGUCGACCGGGAAACGAGCAGCAAAAGGAAGAGGCUGGUGGGGUGGCCGCCGGUGAAGUGCGCGCACAUCAGGCGGAGCUGCGGCGGCGCCGGCGGCGGGUACGUGAAGGUGAGGAUGGAAGGGGUGGCCAUCGGGCGGAAGGUGGACGUCCCCCUCCACGGAUCGUACGAGGAGCUGCUCCGCACGCUCGCCCGCAUGUUCCCGUCCACCAACAAAGGCGCAGGUGCAGAUGCGGAGGGGGAGGCGCCGGCGACCCAGGACGGCGAGCGCCGCCGUGGCCACCACCCGUACGUGGUGGCCUACGAGGACGGCGAGGGGGACUGGCUGCUCGUCGGAGACGUGCCGUGGGAGGACUUUGCCAAGUCGGUGAAGCGGCUCAAGAUCCUCGCGUAGCUGACGACACACUUACGUCAGCAAGCCCUGCAGCAACGUGUUGCGUUUGCGUCGUCUCAUCUGCUGCGCAGGCCUCGUCUCAUCUGCUGCGCAGGCCUAGCUCGCCACUCAAUAAUCGUCCUCUGCGCGUAGUAGAUCAGUGCAUUGUGUUCAGGUCGUCGGUGGUUUCAGUCUUUUAAUUAGACGAGCAUUACGAGAGCGCUGGCUGUUCAUCGUCACGCUGCACGUAUACCUGUAGUAGCAGUCUACUAGUUCGUUGAUCACUUGUUCGUGUCAAAGGUUUUCGUCUACCUAGCCGCCGCUCGGUCCCCAUUGCGACCGGACGCGUGUACGGCCGUCUUCUGUGGCCGGCUUUAGUAGGUCGUCUACUAGUACUGUUGAAGCCUUGAAGGUCUGCUUGCUGGUUUUCCAUUUUCCAAUGCAUGUGUUAAACGUGUGGCAACUAAGAACUAACAUAGUGUACAUGUACUCUUCUCUCUGU